AACGUCUUCGCCCAAACAUCGUACGUUUUGUUCAGCGAUCGACUCCGGCUGCUCGUAAAAUUCGCAGCGGUCGAGCCCGGGCACGUGCCCAGGGUGCCCGCACAGUGAAAUCGCCACUGCGUGCACGAGCUGUUGUCGUAGGUUCACCCGAUAGUUGGGGAGUUGUGCAGUAUCCAUGGGAUGACCGUAGGUCGUUUGAUAAUCAAUCAAAACUGAUUAAAUUAAUCAAACUCAUAUUCCGCGGGCCGAUUAACCAUCACCGUUCCAUUUUUCCAAGCACACAAACGAAGGCAAUGCCCUCCGCCGCACGCUCCCGCCGCGCGCUAAUGGCCACCCGCACGGAAGCCGGGCACCCUAAUUUGGGCAGGGCGGCAACCGACGGCCAGGCGAGGCCCUCUCAUGGCCGCUCGCGCGUCCCUACAAAACGCGGCGCCGCGCCACCCCACCCUCUCCCAGGCCUUGCAGAGAGCGACCGAGCCGCCCUCCCCCCACCGCCCCGCUCCCACCACCGGAAUAAACCGCGCCUCGCCGGCCGACCUCUCCUCCUCGACCGCCUAGCCGCUUGCUGUUUGUUUCUUUUGCGCAGGCCCCGUGCAACCGUCCCGUACCCGCGAGGAGAGGGAGGCAGAAGCCAUGGAGAUGAAGAAGAUCGCCUGCGCCGUGCUGAUCGCCCUGGUGGCCUCCGCCUCCCUGGUCGCGGCGACCGCCCCGGCCACCGAGGCGCCGGCCGAGUCCCCCGGCGCGACCGGCGCGGCCGCCGGCGCCACCGCCGGAGCGGCCGGAGCGACCGCCCCGGCCACCAGCGGCGCCUUCGCCGGCGCGCCCGGCGCCGCCGCGCUCCUCGUCUCCCUCGUCGCCUACUACCUGCACUGAGACGGGCCGGAGCUCGCGCUCCCACGUUCCCACGCGGCGCCACGCAGACGCGUCGGUUGAUUCAAUUUCAUUUAAUUCCAAUUCACCGAUCAACUAAUGACCACUCUAUGAUGAUUACACCACACAUUAUCUAUCGGUACUAUGUAACUGCGCUUGUAAUUCUUCUUUUCGGCCCGUUUGGUAAACUCAACCCAAUCCGCGUCUGUAACCCGUGGCUAAUGGCGCCGUGUUAUCAUUUCAUUCGAACAAUUGAAUGAUAUUUGCUGUGAUUCUAUUCUA